AUGGCGGCCGGGCCGCCUCUGGAGCACGAAACGCAGAUCUUCCUGGACCUUUUCCACCAAGACGGGCUGGUCAUUUGCGCCCGCGGGCUGGGCGUCGACCGCCUGCUCCUGCGCUUCCUCCGCCUCUACUGCGAGCCCACCCGCCUGGUCCUGGUGCUGAACACCAGCCCCGCGGAGGAGGAAUAUUUUAUUGACCAGUUAAAGACGGAUAACGUUGCUUAUCUUCCUCGGCGAGUAACAAAUGAAAUUGCCAGCAGCAGCCGCUAUGAAGUUUACACCCAGGGAGGAGUUAUUUUUGCCACUAGCCGAAUCCUGGUGGUGGAUUUUCUGACCGACAGGAUUCCUGCAGAUCUUAUCACUGGUAAGAACUUUAAAAAUGGGUGUCGUUCCCGCCUCUCAACAUGCCAUACAUAGUUUUGAGUCUAGACUGAAAAAUGCAGGACUAUUGUUCUUCUCAAAGCAGUAGGCGUGAGCUUAAAUGGACUCCAG